UAAAAAUAUAUUGUAAAAAUGGUUAUCAAUCAUAAUUUCCAAGACUUAUUUGAAACUCUUAGUGGGACUAAAGUGCUAAAUUUACCUACAUACAAAGAGAAUGCGUUAAAAAUAAACUUCCAAAGUUCUGAUCCGUUUGGUCAACAGACUUCAUACAACUGGCUCCUUUGACCGACGUAGUAGUGAAGGGCGGCCUUCUACUUCAAAUACUCGUUUAGAAGAUGAUAUUCUGGACCAUUUUGAAUAAGAUCCGACCACUAGUACUCACCGCGCUGGUUUAUUGAUUGGCGUUAACCAUUGGACAGUUAGGCGAACGCUAAACAGAGACAGUCAACACCCUUGUCACUACCGUGAGACCCAAGCGCUCUCCGCCAGUGACUUCAGACCUCGUGAGGAAUUUGCUCAAUGGUUUUUCGAGCAAGUGGUUGCUGACCCAAAGUUUAGCCGGAAAAUCCUAUGGACUGAUGAGGCUUCAUUCACACGGGGAACAAAAAACAGUGUAUAAAGGGCAGAAGCCCCUGUUACCUUUUGCUGCGAGUGAAGUAUUUCAUGCCCCCAUCAGCGGCUGGAGGAGGCUGACAGCUGCUGUGGAUAAGAACUACAAAAUAGUCUAUGAAAUAAAUUUUGACAUUAAGGGCAGCAAUUUAAACUUUCGUCCAGGCGACACUAUAGGGGUAAUUCCUGAAAAUUCUCAAUCCGAAGUGGAUUGUGUCAUUGAACACUUGGACCUAAAGGAUGUGGCAGAUUGUGACUAUGUUCUUAGUAUAGAUAGUACACAGAAAAGUGGCAGAGUACCAGCACAUCUGCCAGUGGAAUCAACUUUGAGACAUGUAUUAACACAUUGUGUUGAUUUGAGGGGUGUAUUAAAAAAGCUUUUUCUCCUCACACUAUCAAAACAUACAAAAGAUGAAAAGGAGAAAAGGAUCCUUGAAUAUCUCUGCAGCAAAGAAGGCGCCAUAGCAUAUACAACACAUAUAAUAAACAAACAUACAUGCCUACUGGACAUAUUUGCUAUAUUUCCAUCAUGUAAACCACCUGUAGUAGUUAUUUUGGAAAAUUUACCACGACUCUUACCAAGACCUUAUUCUAUUGCAAACUGUGAUGAAAGUUCUAUCAAAAUCUGCUUUUCCGUUAUAGAUAUUGGUAACAAUAGAAAAGGAUUGACUACAGGAUGGUUGGAAAGAAUUAUUAUAAGGCAUAAUAGUAGUAUAGAAGAAGAAAUGAAAAAUUUGAAUAUAAAUAUCUCUAAUAUAGAAAAAAAGAUUCCUAUUUAUAUAAGAAAGAAUAUAAAUGAUUUUCGGUUACCAGAGAAUUUGGAAACUCCUAUUAUUUUAAUAGGACCUGGUACUGGAGUUUCACCUUUUAUAGGAUUUUUAGAAGAGAGAAAGUAUUUAUACAAAGUUAACCCAGAAGUUAAGAUGGGUUAUGCAUGGUUAUUUUUUGGUUGUAGAAAUCCAAAGCUAGAUUUUAUUUAUGAAAAAGAAUUGGAUGAGUUUGUAUUGGAUGGGGUACUGAAUAAAUUGACAACCUCGUUUUCUAGAUGUGGCAACACUGAGAAUCAUUAUGUACAGGAUGCUAUACAUCAAAAUGGCGAAGAACUUACAAAGUUAUUACUGCAAGGAGCUCAUGUCUAUAUUUGCGGAGAUAUUAAGAAAAUGGCGCCAUCAGUCAAAGAGGCGAUCGUGCAAUGUAUAGCGAAGUAUGGCGACAAGGCAAAUGAUGCGGAACAAUUUGUAGAAGAUAUGAUAAAGGAGAAAAGAUAUAUACUUGAUAUAUGGAAUUAAUUACGAUUACUUAUUGUAAAUAAAUAGGCAAAUUAUUGUAAAUACUUACGUAAUAAAAUUAUUAUUUUUGCAAA